AUGAAAGAAUAUUCAUAUGAAAACAAUUUUACUAAAGACAAAAAUGAUAUAAGAAAUAUUUGCAAAGAAAAGGAUAGAAUGAUUAUUUUACAUAAUAUAUUAAAAGAUUGUGUUAUAGCUAAGGUAAAAAAUAGUUAUGGUGAUGAUGAAAAAUAUUUUAUAAAUUUGAAAGAUUAUCCUGAAAAAAAGGAAGAUAAUAAGAAUAAAAAUUAUUAUUUAUAUAAAAUAUCAAACGAUAAUUUGAAAACAUGCAGAAAUUAUUUUGAUCCUAUGAAUCAGAAAAUCCUGAAACCAAUUUUGGAAGAUUCUAAUAAUAAUAUUAUAGAGAAAAAAGGUUCUACUCCAACUUGUGAUGAAGAAGAUUAUAAAAAGGAUCAUAUAUGUUAUAAUAGUACCAAUGAAAGUGAGGGAAAAAAUAAUGAUAUAAUAAAUUAUAAGGAAAGAUCUAAUAAUAUUUUAUCAAAUGAACAUGUACAUAUAAAAAAAAGUGUUCAUGUGUUACAUAAUAAUAUUAUAAAAAGACUUAUGGAUGACACAAGAAAUGAUAAUAACAACAAUAAUAAUAAUAAUAAUAAUAAUAAAAAUAAUAAUAAAAUAGAUAGUAAUAUAUAUAUUGAAAAAUAUAAUGAAAGCAAAUUUUCAAAAAGGAAAGGAAUAUAUAAUGAAGAAAAAGAUAAAAAUAAAACAAGUAACACAAAAAAACAAAUGAAAAAAAGCAAUUUUUCAUUUGUUACAAAAGAAUCUUCAUCUAGAUUAAAAUAUUGCAAUAAUAUAAAUAAUAUAAAUAAUUGUAAUAAAAAAAAAAAUAUAAAUUCAAAAGGAAUAUUUAAUGGAAAAGAGAAAACUGAAAAUAAAACAGUAUCAACAAAAGGAUCAAAAAAGAAUAUGUCAACAUAUUUUUUUAAAACGAAUCGUAAGAAUGAUACUAAGCUGAGAAAGAGAAAUCACUCUAAUAAUUCCCAAAAAAUAUAUAGAAAUAAUCAAAUAAAUGAACAUACAGAUUUUGAAUUUUUAUUAAAUACUAAAGCUGUAAAGCAAGAAAAUAUAGAUAAAGAUUGUAACGUAUUGUCAAACGAACUUGUUUUUAGUGGGAAUAUAUUGCAAGUUAAAAAACCAAAAAGAAAAAAAAUUGAUAUAAAAAAUAAAAAUAACAACAAUAAAGGAGUGGAGAGAAAUAUAUCUAAUGGUACUAACAAAAUAAUGAAUCCUUAUAAGAUGGUGAAAAAUAAAAAGGAUUUGAAAAAAAAAGAAAAUUAUAAAAAUAAUAAAUAUAACAAAAAUUAUAAAAAUAAUAAGAAUAACGAAAAAUACGAAAAAUACGAAAAUAAUUUCAUCUCAAAAGGACAAAGGAAUAUAUCAACAAAUAGAAAUAAAAUAAAUAAACAAUGUUUUAAUAAAACUUUUAAAGAGGAACAUAGCAUAAAUACCGAUAGUUCUUAUGAAAUUUCUAUACAGGGAGAAGUAAAUUUAAAUUUUGAUUUAAGUGAUAAGGAAGAUACACAAAUGAACAGUAAUAAUAAUAUGAUAUUUAUGUGUAAUGAUAAUUAUAUGAAAAAGAAAAAUAUAAAUGAUAGUAACGAUAUAAAUAAUAUUCACAGUAAGGAAGAAAAAAAAAAACAAGAAAAUUUUCUUUCUUAUAAUGGUUAUAGUAAUUCUCCAAGUAAUAUGUAUAAACAUACAAAAGAAACAGAAGAGAAGAAAUUUGAUCAUAUAUAUCAAGAUGGAAAAUACAUGAAAUCUUCUAGCUCAUUUGAAGUGAAGCAUUUAUAUAAAAAAAUAAAUGAUAUUUUUGAUGUUAAUGUUAAAAAUAAGAAAAAAUAUAUUCAUAUUGAAAAAUGUGAUAAUAUUAUAAACAAUCUUUGUCCAAAAGAUUCAGAUGAACACAUUAAGAUUUAUAUGAAGAAUCUAAAAGAAAAAAAAAAUAAACAAAAUGGUAGUGAACCAAUUGAGGGUAUAAAUAAUAAACCAUUAAACGUUUGUAGAACAACAAAUAAUGAGAUCAAUAUUUUUGAUAAAAGUAAGAUAACUGAAAAAAAGGAAAAAAAAAAAAAAAUUCAUGAAUAUGAUAUAGAAAAUAAUGAUUUAAAUAAAGAAAUGUAUAAAGUUGAUGGUAAUACAGAAUAUAAAAAACAGAAUAGUUUAUUGGAAAAAAGUAGGAUAAAACAUAAUAAUUUAAGGAUUAAUAAAAAUACAGAUAAAGGGAGUAAUAAUAAUAAUAAUAAUAAUAAAUAUAUAUCUGAAAAUGUCAUAAACAAUGAGUAUAACACAACAAAGGAUAUAUAUUAUAAAAAUUUAUAUAAAAUUAAUAAUGUAAAAUUCAAAAAAGAGCAUAAUAAUAAUAAUAAUAAUAAUAAAAAUAAUUGGAGGAUAAGGUUCAAAGGUGAUGCAUAUAAUGAAACUUAUGAUAAUAUAUAUCAUCACAAAAAAUGUUAUGAUUUAGUAUUGGACCAACUAAUGAAUGUUACAAGAAAGAAAAAAAGCAAGAAACACAAUCAUGAAUAUAAUAAUAAAAUGUAUAAUAAACAAAAGGAUAUAUUAAUUUAUCAUCAUCAUAAUAAUAAUAAUAAUAACCGUUUUGAUAUAAAUAAGAUUAAAGAAAGGGAAGAAAAAAAAAAUCAUAAAUCAACUAUUACAUGUGAUAAUGAAAAUAUUAUCAUUAAUCAUAAAACUAGUGCCAUGGAUAAAAAUAGAAGCCAUAAAAUUUAUCAAGCCAGAAACCUAUUAGACGUUACAAAAUAUGAAUCCAAACUUAUCGAUCUUGAAGAAAAAAUGAGAAAAUUAAAAGAAUUGUUAAAAAAAGAAGAUAUAGAAAAUGAACAAUUGAAAAGUUUUUUAAUUUUACAAGAUGAGGAAAUUAAUGCUCUUAAGGAAGAAUUAAAAAUAUUAUCAGAACAAAAUAAUAAAAAAAAAAUUAUAAAAAAUAAAAAGGAUAAAAAUCAUGAAAAUACAGUAUUUUAUAAAAAUCUAAUAAAAUCCAAGACAUCAAAAAUUAUGGAAAUAAUUUUAAAAAAUGUAAAAGAAAAAAAAGAACAAAAGAAAACAUGCAAAAUUAAAGAGUUAGAUAGAAAUGAUGAUGAAAUGAUUAAAAGUGAUACUAAUCAUAUUGUCAAAAAUGUAAAUAGUCUAUCGACUAGUUGUAAUUCUGUUGUGCAUUCAUGUUAUCCUUGUAACAAAAAAUAUAUUGAAAAUGAAAAUAAUCAAAAAAAUGAGAAAAAUCAAAAAAAUGAGAAAAAUCAAAAAAAUGAGAAAAAUCAAAAAAAUGAGAAAAAUCAAAAAAAUGAGAAAAAUCAAAAAAAUGAAAAAAAUCAGAAAUAUCAAAAAACAGUGAAUAAUCCGAAUGAGAAGAUUAUUUUUAAUGAUGUGCCUCCAAAUAUUAAAAAUACCCCAAUACAUAAUAACAACAAUUUUUCAUAUAUCUGUUGUGAUAAAAGAAAAAGGAAUUCAUUGAAUAGUUCAACAUCUUUUAUAAUAAAAGAAAAGAAUGAUGAAAAUGUUCAACAUAAAUUAAAAACGUUGUCUUGUCCACUGUAUAGAAAUGAAUGGAAAAUAAAUCAAAAUGAUGAAAUGAAAAAAGAGUAUCAUACUAAUGAGAUAAAAAAUGGACAAAUUCAGAAUUACGUUACAAAUAAAUAUCAUAUAAAAAAUGAUAAUACAAAAAUAAAUCUAUUAAAACAUAAUAAUAGAGAAUAUAAAAAGGAAGGAAUUACUUGUGUUGAUUUUAACAAAUGUAAGGAGGAAAAUAAAAAUCAUAUAGAAACCUUAAAUGAAACAAGUAAUAUUCAAACUAUGAAUAAAAUAGAGAAUCAAAUUAAAAACGAAACAAACUGUAAUAAUAUAAAAAAUAUAAUAAAUAAAUAUAAUAUAGAAUCAAAUACAAAUGAUGCAUAUCAUAAUUUGAAUCUUUUUCAUAAUACUAUUUUCAGGAAAAAGAAUAAUAAUAAAAACAAUAACGUCAAAAUAUGUAAUGAAAAAAUAAAUCCACACAUUGUACAUAUUAAUUAUAUAACUAAUGAAAAUUUUGGUUACAUGAACAAGUCAGGUAAAAAUAAAUAUUUCUUAAGAAAGGUAAAAGAAGAAAAGGUAAAUAAUGAAAAAAAGGAAAAUAUUUUUUCUAAAUUUUUUUCUUAUAUAAAAAAUAAAAGUAUAUGUAAUGAAAAAAAAUCUGAUAGUAAGAAUUUAAAAAGAUAUAAUUCAUAUAUUAAUUUAAGAACAAAAAAUCAUAUUUAUAAAUCUACAGAUAAUAAGAGAUCACAAUCAUAUAUUAAUUUAUUUAAAAACUGUACUACACAAAAUUGUUCUAAGAAUUAUACUGAUUAUGUAUUAUCUGAAAAUAAUUUGAAUUUAAAUUUAAAUGAUACAUAUCAUAUGAAUGAUAAAGAUAACAUCGAAAUAAAUAAGGAUUCAUCAAUUUUUUGUCCUCUUAAUAAAAUACAAAAAAAUAAUAUUAUUUCUAAUAACCAUUUGAAUAUAACACAAAAUGUUAAUCAUCCGGAAGAAUUAUAUUUAAAGGGGAAAGUGUUACCAAAAUAUAAAAUAAAUAAUGAAGAUAAUAUAAAAAAGAAAAGAAAAAAUUUUGUUUCUAAAAAGGUUAUAAAAAAGGGAAUAAUAAAAUGUAAUCAAAUAUAUAAUUUUAAAAUUAAUAAUGAUAUAACGAAGAAGAUGAAUUUAUAUUCUCAAAAUGUAAAAGAAAAAUGCUCUUCAAUUAAAAAGAAAAUUCCAAAAAAUAAUGAAAUUAUAAAUACGCUUGAUGUAUUAAAUGAUGAAAAUCAAAAAAAAGAAGAAUUAAAUAAAGAUAAUAUGAAACAUAUGGACAUGCUAAAUAUUAGUGUAAAAAGAAAAAAAAAUGAAAAGUUAAAUAUGGAUAAGUUAUAUAAUAAAGAUGAAUUAAUAAAAAAUGUUAAUUCUGAGCAGAUACAUUUUGACAAAUAUGAAAAAAUAGAGAAAAAUGAUAAAUCAUUAAAAUAUCGUAAGGAUGAUGAUGAUAUAAACAUAUCGAUGAUCGAUAAGGAAAAUAUAGAAAAUGAGCUUGAAAAGGGAAUAAAACAUAAUGAGGAUAAUACAAUAAUAAAUAAUAAUAAAUAUAUAUUUGAUAUAUCAAAUAUGUCAAAUGUGUCAAAUAUGUCAAAUAUAUCAAGUAUGUCAGAUGAUAUAAUAUCUUCAAAACAAAAGACGCGUCAUAUUAAUAGUAACAAUAAUAAUAAUAAGACAAUAUACUUACACAAUUCUUCAAAUAAUAGUACAAAGAAAAAUAUCACCUCGAUUAAACCAGGUAUUAAAAAAAUGUAUGCACCACUUGAAGAUUCCAUAUGUUCAAAUGAUAACAAGAAAUAUUUAUGGAUAAACGACAAAGAAGAAAAAAAUAGGAAAAAUCAAGAUAAUGAUAAAAAAAAGAAAAAAUGUCAUUAUGAUAACAAUGAUGAUAAUUCACUAGAAAAUUCAAGUAAAAUAAAUAUUAAUGAUCUUCUUAAGAAUCAAGAAAUUCAAGGGAAAUUUAAUUUGCACUUGAUAAAUGCAAAUACAGAAUUGAAUGAUUCUUCAGAAAAUGUAAUUAAAAAAAUUGUGUUAAAUUGUAAAUGUAAAAAAUUAAAAGAUGAAAAGAAAAAAAAUAAAAGUAUGAAAAAUUUAAAUAAUGACAGUAAAAAUAUAAAUGAUAUGAAACGUGUAGAAAUAAUUAAAAACAAAGUAUCUUAUUUGGACAAUGAAAAAAAAAAAAAAAUUAAUAAUAAUAUAAUACAUGAAAACAAUAUUAGUGAUAAUAUUAAUUAUUAUUUAUUUAAAAAUGAUAAAAUUAAAAAAAAAAAAAAUAUAUAUAAACAUGAUCAAAAUAUUCCAAAAGAAUAUAUAAGCAAUAUAAAGGAUAGUUCUUGUAAAAAAUAUAUUAAUCAUAUGGAAAAACAAAAUAUAAAUUAUGAUUUUCAGUUAUCAAGUUAUGAUAUUUAUUCUAAUAAAAAAGAUUGUCAUAUGUAUGAAAAUAAUAUCCCUAUUGAAGGUACUCAUAUAAAUCAUGAACCUAAAAUUCACUUCCUUGAUAAUGAAGAGUCCACAAUAAUUGUGGAAUAUCCAAAUGUUAAUUAUUAUAUUAAAUGCCCUUGA